AUGACCUGUUUACGGUCACCAUAGCAACUGACAGCACUGCUGAUAACGCUAACCGAUAAAGUCUGCAAUACCUGAAACUUAAAAUCUCAAGAGCUAGAAGCUAAAUACCGAUACUUUGCUUUAACGGACCGUCAUGGAGAAUUCAUCCGAUAUAGUUGUGAGAGCAAACGAACUCGUCAAAAAUGUCAUUGAAACAGCACAGACCAUCGUGGGCUGCAGGCCAGUGGACCAAGGUGCCCUGUCUGACUACAAGAUGAAAAACAUUGAUUGGGUAACCUGCAAAGACUUCACUGUUGAUAUCGGAAAAAAACAAAUUGAAGAGUAUAUUAGCACAUGGGAGAUUGACUCUAGCUGGCUUUACAGUCUAGAAUUUGUUCAUGAGAUUCAGUUGGAGUAUCAUAAACAAUAUAAUUACAGAGUACAGUGGAGCGUCCCGACUCGAAGAACUCCAAUUCCUAGGGGAACAGCUUGUGUUUUCUUCGUCAUCGAGAUCUCAAAAAUCAAACCACAAACACUACCGGUGGAGGUCUACUUCUUCGUGGAAUCAAACAGAUUGAUAUAUCGUCCAGGAAAGACGAGGUUCAGGGAGAAGUGGCUAAAGGACGUCAUCGAGAGCAAGGCUUUUCUUCAAGACACGGUCAAGUUCUGACUUGACACCACCAAAACAAAUAAUAACUGACUGAUCAUUGUUGCUGGCGACAGCUAGCACUAGUGCUAGCUAACAGUUAACAUGUCAACAAGCUUUUCCUCACAUAAGCUAACGCCCAUGGGCCUGACAUAAACGGCAUGUGUAUACUAAAUGUUUCUUUGUAUUAAACUUAAGAUGUUGUCAACACUAAACUGUAUGACUCAAGCUAACUGUUGUCAAAGAUUGUUAUAACGUUAUAACAAAACGCUGCUAUCGAAGGGUAACGUUAGUCGUAAUGGACGCAACUUGGCGCCG